AUGAAUCACGACAUCCAGGCUCAGUUCCCAACUACGAUUGACCAGCCGUUGGACGGCCUCAAUAUAGGGCUUAGCACAGGCCGCUUCUCAUCAGAAGACUUGGUCCGAACCCAUCUGCGCCGGAUCCAUCAAGUCAAUCACCGGAUGAGAUGUGUUGCCCAGCUUGAUCCCACCGUCCUGGGCUGGACCAGGCAAAAACUGCCGAUACAUGGUGUAACCAUGCUGAUAAAGAACCAGAUUGCAAUCUCCAAUAUGAAUUGCACCUCGGGAACUACUGCGUUCCUGGGAGCGCAAACAGGCCGUGAUGCUUCUAUUGUCUCCAGGCUGCGCGAACGAGGUGUUAUCGUUCUAGGAACUUCAAAUUUGACGCGCAAAGAAGGCCCCGGCACCGAAGAAGGGUAA